AUGUCCAACUUAGCCGAUGCAUCAUUGAAUCAUGGGUUAGGAAUUGUGACUUUGAAGUACGUUUACCAAAUGAUCAAAAAGAACGACUUAACCCACCAAUUUCCCCUUUUCACGAUUCUCCACAGAAUAUCGUUUGAAAAUGAGGACCCCCGCACACUGUUGAACAUAUUUAUGAACAACGCAGUAUCGCCAAUAACGGCGUAG